AUGAAGCCUCAUAAACUCAAUCAAUCUUCGUAUUCUUCUAUGUACCUUCAAGUGAUUAUCCUUUUUUCCAUUAGCUUUUUGUGCUUGCAACUUAUAACUCCUGCUGAUGCCUUAGAAGGUGGAACUGAUGGCUUAGCUUUGCUUGAAUUUAAGAGAGGGAUUGCUAGCGACCAGUUUGGCGAGUUAAGUUCAUGGAAUGAUUCUACAAACUUGUGCAACUGGCGAGGAGUAACGUGCGGCCGCCGGCAUAAAAGAGUUACCGAGUUGGACCUUCACGGGCUUCGCUUGCGCGGAUCCAUAUCGUCUCACAUUGGAAAUCUCAGCUUUCUCAGGCUCAUAGAACUCAGCAACAAUAGCUUUUCUGGUGAAAUCCCACCAGAAGUUGGCCGGUUGUUUAGGCUGCAAUAUCUCUAUCUUGCAAACAACACAUUUACAGGAGAAAUUCCAGCCCAGCUCUCCAACUGUUCCGAGCUAAGGGAAAUAGAUUUCGGAAGGAACAGACUUCUUGGAAGAAUACCUUCUGAGCUGGGAUCAUUGGCCAAUCUUGAACUGCUUCAACUCGGAGCAAACAAUUUGACCGGAAGCAUCCCACCUUCCAUUGGAAAUCUCACAUCCCUGGUGCAUUUCUCUGUCCCAUACAACAAUUUGGAAGGAAGGAUUCCCGAAGAGAUUGGCCAUUUGAACAACUUAUCGAUUCUUGCAGUGGCGGCGAACAAGUUCGCUGGUGAGUUACCUUCCUCCUUGUACAAUGUGUCAUCUAUUACUAUAAUCUCUACUGCAAGCAACAGAUUUAAUGGCACCCUUCCAGCAAAUAUAGGCCUUACCCUUCCUAAUCUCGAGUGGUUGGCCAUUUCUAGUAAUGAAUUCUCGGGCCCAAUCCCAGUUUCACUAUCCAAUGCUUCCAAGCUUGAAGCACUUGUUCUCUCCACAAACAAUUUUGUUGGGGAAGUGCCAAGAGAUCUGGGAAAACUUGUACACCUGUGGUGGCUUGGUUUUGGUACAAACUUUCUAGGGAGUAAUUCAACUAACGACCUUGAAUUUUUAAUCUCUUUGAAGAACAUUAGCUCGUUAGAAAUCUUGGACUUCAGUGACAACCAAUUUGGAGGUGUUUUGCCGGCAUCUAUAGCCAAUUUGUCAACCACACUCGCUAGCCUAUAUCUCGGUGGGAAUCGAAUAUCUGGAGUCGUCCCUGCAACAUUAGAGAAGUACACCAACUUACAAGUGUUGGAUAUGUCAGCUAACCUUUUUACAGGCAUAAUCCCCUCUUAUUUUGGUAGGUUUCCAAACAUGCAAGGUUUGGAUCUUAGUAGAAACAGACUGUUUGGACCGAUACCCCCGUCCUUCGGUAACCUCACUCGAUUGAUUGAACUAUACUUGUCCGGAAACAAAUUUAAUGGGAGCAUUCCACCGAGUAUUGGAAACUGUCAGAAUUUGCAAUACUUGGACAUCUCCCAAAAUAGUCUCACUGGAGCCAUACCAAAAGAAGUCACUGAUCUUUCCUCUCUUUCAUUGUUACUGAAUUUGUCACAGAACUCAUUAACUGGAAACCUACCAGUAGAAGUGGGUAAUCUGAAAAACAUUAACGCCCUAGAUGUUUCUGAAAACAAUCUGUCUGGCAAAAUUCCCUCAACUAUUGGAGAUUGCGAGAGCCUUGAAUACCUUGACCUGCAAGGUAAUUCCUUUCAAGGCGUCAUACCUCUUUCUUUGGCUUCCUUGAAAGGCCUUAGCCAUUUAGAUCUUUCUCGCAAUAACUUAUCGGGUAACAUUCCGAAAGAUCUACAAAAUCUUUCUUUUUUGGUGUAUUUCAAUGCUUCAUUCAACGAUCUGGAGGGCGAGGUGCCAACUGGAGGAGUCUUUCGAAAUGAAAGUGGAAUAUCAUUAAUGGAAAAUAAUAAGCUUUGUGGAGGUAUCUCAGCAUUGCAGUUGCCAGCAUGCCCCAUCAUCAAACCGAAAAAACGAGGAUUAUCUCAUGUUUUGAAGCUGACAAUCAUAAUUACUUCUGUUGUUCUAUGCUUCCUGAUGUUGUCACUCUUUCUUGUGCUGUAUUUAAAGAGAAAAUCAAAAAAGGAUUCAUGUUCUAGGCUCUCAACAGAGGACCUGGACCCCAAUCACCUCUCCAAAGUCUCGUAUAAAAUGCUCUAUGAAGCGACCGGUGGAUUUUCUCCCGACAACUUAAUUGGCUCUGGCAGUUUUGGCUCUGUAUAUAAAGGAAUACUAGCUCAGGGUGAGAGUAUUGUUGCUGUUAAGGUGUUGAAUCUUGAACAAAAAGGCGCUUCCAAGAGCUUCGUAGCUGAAUGCAUGGCACUAAAGAAUAUCAGGCACCGAAAUCUGGUGAAGAUCGUAACACUAUGCUCAAGCAUUGAUUACAAUGGCAACGAAUUCAAGGCUUUGGUCUUCGAUUUCAUGGCGAAUUCAAGCUUGGAGGAAUGGCUGCAUAGGAGGACAGAAGAUGCAACACACAGAAGAAACUUGAACUUCUUACAAAGACUCAAUAUUUCCAUAGAUGUUGCUUCAGCAUUAUAUUAUCUCCACGCUGAAUGUGAACCGCCAAUCGUCCAUUGUGAUUUAAAGCCGAGCAAUGUUCUGAUUGACAAUGACAUGGUUGCUCAUGUUGGUGACUUUGGUUUAGCAAGAAUACUCUCAACCAGAAAUGGCGGCUCUCAAAACCAAACCAGCACAAUUGGCUUAAAGGGAACUGUUGGAUAUGCUGCUCCAGAGUAUGGAAUGGGUGGUAAGGCAUCAAUUGAUGGAGAUGUGUACAGCUAUGGAGUUCUUCUGCUGGAAAUGUUCACAGGAAAGAGGCCCACAGAUGACAUUUUUAAGGACAGUCUGAACAUCCAUCAGUAUGUGAAGAUGUCAUUGCCAGAAAGACUAACGCAAAUUGUUGAUCCAAGCCUUCUCCGAAGCCAAGUAGAAGUCGAAACAGCGGCAGUUGAAGUAGAAGAAAAGGACACAAGUUGCAAAACAGAAGUAGAAGAAGAAACCAACAAUGGUGAAAAUCUUAGCCAAAUGAAUGGUAACAUUGAAAAGUGUUUGCAUGCGGUCCUCAAAAUCGGAGUCGCGUGCUCUAUGGAAUCUCCGAAGGAAAGAAUGCAGAUGAGGGAAGUGAUUAGGGAACUCCUUCACGUCAAGAAUACUUGUCACAGUUUGUCACAGUUUUAG